AAGCUACCAAAGCGUCAUUCGCGCAUGUCUAAAUGUUUUUUUAAAUCCCUUGAGCGCUCUUCCUUCUUUUGUUUCCGUAUGUGUUAACGUUGCUGCUACCGCAUGGCUAGACAGGAGUGACCGAUCUGUAAAGCUGCCAACUUUUGCGAUGCCCCACGUUUGGCUAAACUUCCCCCCCUGUUGGUUACUCCUCCCAGCGGGACCAUCUCAGUGAAGGCCCUCUGCACUUCCGCGACACGCUCGGUUGAGAAGAUCGUGGCAGAAAAGAAAAAGUCUGCGCCCCUUCGUUAGAAGGUCACGGGUGUCUUUCAAGACGACCAUCAAGAUAGUUCCUUUUUUUAUUUAUUCAUUUGUUUUUUAUUCCCUUGGUGACAGCUCGCCGAGCCAUUUUUUGUCUACGUCCUUUCGGGGAACCCCUCUCAGGGCGCAUUUGCACCUGCGGUUGAGGCUGCUCCUUUUUUCCGGACCAAAGCGGUUGCACAGCGAAGCAGGUUGCCCGUUCGCCUCCCCCCAAAAUAAAACACACAGCGAAACGAAAGGAAGCGCAACACCUCCCAUUCAACAUGCGCACUCCCAAUGGAAACGGGCCAGCUGAAGCUCUUCCUCUUCUCCUUGCUUGUGUGCCUCUUCGCAGCGCUCACCUUCUACAAACGCUUCAGAUACACCUUUUAUAGAAACUAUGAGGAGCAGAAGCUGUCUCUCUACUCGGAGGAAUCUUUUUAUUUCUCCUUUUUUGAUGACAUUGUUAAAUCGGAGACCUACCUGGAGGGCCUCAAGCUGCUGCUACGCGAUGACCGGAGCGAGUACCCCAACACGAUCAAUGCCAUUCGGCGCUUCAACAUUUACCCCGAGGUUGUCCUCGGAACAGUCUGGAGGGUGUUUAACUUAAAGGAGAGCUUCCUAACUCCCUUCAAUUUUUACGUCUACGCAGGACGGUCCUACAUCUCGGGCGCCAUUUUUUUGAUGCUCUUUUUUUCCUGCUAUAGGGAGAAGUUCAUCAUGCGACUGUCAGCGUUCCCACUGAGAGAGAACUUCGCCUCAGUCUACAUGUGGUGCAACAUCCUACUCAUUUAUGCGAUUCUGCGGGAGAGGAAGUUUUCCGUUUUCGUGACGCUGACCCACGUGGUGGCUCUGUUCGGGCUGGACCUCCUCGGAUUUGACAUUCAGAAGGAGUUGCGCAGCAUCCUCUUGACCUUCUCCUGCUCUUAUGUAGCUUCUCUGGUGGCGACCUUCUUCCCGCGUUAUUUGAUGUGCACCUAUUUGCCAUUCGUUCUGGCGGCGAUCAUUACCACGAAUGCAAUUUACCGAAGGGGUGGCGGUAGUACCAGUGGGGGAAGAGGCAAACCAGCUCCUAACCAAAGGGAUGGUGCCCCUUGCACACUGCCCCUCCAGUUCCCACACUUUAGAAGCCGAGUGAUGUUCGUGCUGAAGAAGGGGGUCACGUCCAUAGUGAUCUUCCUCCUACUCCGACUGACUACCUUAGGAAUGGAAAAGGAUGACUCGCACGUUCUGUCUCUUCUAAAGGUGCGUCUGCAUCUGGGUAGCCACAAUUUCGACAGCAUGAUCUACAGUGUGGGUUCAGAAUUUAACCCGUUCACCAGACACAUGUUCGGCAUGAUAAGGGAGACCUCCCUCUUCGACUACUUCGUCUUCUUCAGUGUGAUUCUGCUGAUUUGCGCGGCGAAUUGGGUUGCAGGGGGUGACCACCUCGAAGCCUUCGAGGCGCAUUUCCUCUACGUGGUGAUCCAGUUCAUCUGCUUCGCCCUGCUGGCGCUCAUGAUCUCUCGGCUGCGCGUCCUGGCCCUGCCGCUGAUGUGCCUGCUCAGCAGCCUGGUGGGGUCUCCCCACCUGCUCGGGGACGUCUACAGGGUGACGCGGCAGAAUCUCCGUCUCGGGCCCGGCAAGAAGGGGCUGUCCCGCCUGGUCAUCCAGGCGAUAUGCCUGCUCGAGUGCGCCUACCCAUUCGCCAAGUACUUCCCAACGUACGAGUACCUCAACCUGGCGGGAGACGACCCAGUCAACAUCCAGAAGAACCUAGAUCUGGUUGUGUGGCUUCGGCAGAACCUAAAGGAAGGAGAACCCAUUAUCACGGACAUCCCUACAUCUAGCUUCCUCCGAUCGACCACCAACUUCAAAAUGGUUCUGAACCCACAUUACGAAAAUGUAGCCAUGCGAAGGAGAGUACAAGACUACUACAUGUUUUCUUCGUGCCUACCCUUUAGUGAUGCGAAGAGGUACUACUACGACCGAUAUAAGGUCCGCUACUUCGUGGCCAACAUUUAUAGAUGCGCUUCUACAUCUAGCCAAGUCACAAACGCUUUCAACGUUGCCGAAUUCGUGGGUUCUAAUUAUGCCAGAUGUAGACACAAAACGAGCAUGAAGUUCUGCCAGAGGGUUCUGUACGACGAUAGGAAUUAUAAGACCCUCUAUAGAAACGGAAAGUUCAGCGUCAUUUAUUUUGAUCCCAUAGAUGUGAGGGAUGAUUCCCCGUAUGAGCGGUUCGACGAGGGGAAGUACGCAGAUGUGAAGUUUUAUAUCCCCUGGCUAGCCAGAUGCAUGCAGACGGAUUCGAAGUGUCAAGAACACGUUGUGGACGUGGCUAGGUCCCACCUAGAUAUCCUCAGAUACAGCAAAAUUGGGUUCGCCCUCUACCAGUUUGUGGAGAGGACCUUCCUAUCGGGGCAAACUUCAGAUUCAUUCGGGGGGGCUGAUCUUCUCCCCGUGGGGUCCCACCCCCCCGAAGAAGCACCCCACGGGGGGCACAACCUGCACACGAUUUUCCACCUGGCCGAGUUCUACGACUACGAUGUGCUCGACAAGAGGAAGGCGGGCGAGCUGUACAGGCGGGCCAUCCAGCUGAUCGCGCGAGAGGAGCGAGCCAAGCGAGCUCAGCGAGUAGACCAAGCAGAUCAAGCGGAUCAAACCGAUGGAGCCGACCGAGCCGAUCACCCCCCCUUGACCGUCCCCCCACUCGUCCCCUUCGUCCCCAUAGCUAAACGCAUGCAGAUGCUCACCUCCUACAUCUACUUCCUCCUGGACACGGCGCCCUCCGCGGGCCGGGCGGACAUCCUGAAUCUGUAUGAGAACCUGCACCUCCUUGUGCUCGUCGCGGGUUCUGCGCUGGACGACGGGUUCUACUACGAAGGGGGUGAAGCGGUAGGGUGGGGCGACCCCUCCAUUCGAGGCUCACCUCCAGCGGAUCCACCACAGGCGAGUCAAACGAUCAGAAGAACAUUCAACGCAGGGGACCUCGACCAAGUGGUAACUCUCCUCUGCGAAAAUGCAGUCUACCUCUACAGAAUUAAAGGAGAGAACCCAAGGUACGUUUCUAUUUAUAAAAAAAUGUGGCGGCUGGUUCUGCGCGUCUCCCACAUGGAUGAGUGCGUCUUGCGGAAUUAUCAUUUGCUGGAGGGCAGGCGGCUUGGCCUCCUGGACUACCUGGCCUUCUUCUACCUCUACCGGUGA